AGUCCCGCGGCUGGGGCGGCCACGAAGACGGCUGUGCUUCUCUGCUCUGCCGCCGUACUUCCGCUACUCUUGGAAAGUUCUGGAAGUUGGGAGGUGACGUGGCACCACGGACUUGCUGGUCGGAUUGUGGCACCGUUAGAAGCUGGGUUGAUCCAAAGACAGACAGAUGGCUGAAAAUGGCACAAAAGAAAAAAUAAAAUGGACAACCACCAUUAUUAUUAGUUCAUCUCUUAAGAGUUGUGAAGUUGCAACUGCCCUAGAUCGAAGCCACAAGAUUCGGUAUUCAGAUUCAGUGGAAAAUGGAUCAAUUAUCUUUUCUCUUUCUGGAGUUGCAUUUUUAUUGAUGGAUGCUAAAGAAUGCUUUACAUCAGCUGAAGAAAUAUUUCUAGCCAAAAUUGAGAAGUUUACUAAUAUUCACCAAAAUAGCUUUUUGGUUCUGUCUGCUGCCUUCCAUGGGCCUGAGGAAUGGAAACUGAUGUUCAGGAUUCAGCAGAGAUUCCUGGGUAGUAACUUACGGAUACUUCCAGUACACAACACAGUAGAUGCUAUUAAUCUUAUGUGCACUAUAGCUAAGAUGGCCUCCAAACCAUACAUAGAUAACAUCUGCUAUAGAAUGGUAACAACUGAGGCUUACAUCAUUGAGCAAAGUCCUGUUUGGAAAACACUUCAAAAGUUAAAACUGAGUAGUGAUUCAUUUAACCCAAACUAGAGUAUCAAUUACAAAUGUCCUUUUGGAAGAAUAUUAAAAUAAUUAGACCACUUAAAUUAUAAUGUUAAAAUAUAUAUUUACUUUAAAGACUUUUGAA